AGUCGUAUUCAACCACCACCCUCGUCAUAACACUCUUUUGCUUAUUGCAUUCAGUGACGCUGUUGUUGUGUCUAUUGGGAGAACAUAGCUUUUUUGAAUAGCUGAAUCAUUGGGCAAAUAUAGAGGGAGAGAAGAAAGGACUCUAUUUUCUGCAUCCAAACCAGUUAAAGUUUGCUUAUUAUGCCGAAGUAGACUAUUACAGAUUAGCUGGUAGGUUUAGAAGGAGGAGGUUUUUCGUUGAUUAUCUAUCUGCUUAGAUCAGCUAAAGAAUCAUUCAAGGAUCCAGUUGAUCAUGUACUAGAUAGAUUUAUCUUGAGUGGUAUAAAUAAAACAGAAAGAUGGGAUCAUUUGUGGGUCAUGCAUUGCCAGGGACCUUAUUUCUUCUAGUUGGGGCAUGGCAUAUAUGGGGCUCUAUGGUGAGAUAUGUAUCAAAUCCUAUGACAUUUCGAGUCCGAGUCUGGAAUCCUGUUCCAGGGUUUGAUGGGAGGCUCAAGCACUUGGAGCUCUAUGUUAUUUCAAUCGGUGCUUUGGUUGACUUGUGCAUCGAGCUCUUAUUUGCAACCCAGCUCAAGUUUGUUUUAGGCGGAGUCUUGAACUCCACAUACUUGAAUAACUUUGAGCACUCAGGAAUGCUUCUAAUGUUUCUUAUCUUCGGUGUUGCUACCCUGCUCUCGGAAAGGACAAGAUAUCUUCCUUUGCCUGAAGGUGCUCUUUGUUUGAUUGCUAGCACAGCAUUCUGUGCAGAGUAUCUUCUAUUCUAUUUUCAUUCAACAACACACAAAGGCCUCGAGGGAUAUUACCAUGUGCUCCUUGCCUUCUUGAUUGGGUUAUGUAUUUUAUCUUCAAUUGCUGGAGCCCUUUUGCCGAGUAGCUUCCCAGUCGAUUUAUGUAAUGGCAUUGCUAUAACACUGCAAGGAAUCUGGUUCUAUCAGACUGCCUUAGUUCUUUAUGGCCCUAUGCUACCAGCUGGUUGUCACCUCAAGGAUAGUAAUGUCGCAUGUCAUUCAAAAGCGAAUGAGGUUCGAGGUGAAUUGCUUGCUAAUGUUCAGCUCUUUUUUGCAGUCCUUGCUGUUCUUGUGGGAACUAUAGCAUCGUAUGGUUUUGCAGCUUCAAGGUAUGGGAAUUGUGACGAGCCUGCUCUCAAUUCGGUUAGAUUAGAUCAAGAUUGAAGUUUGCUAUGCUAUUCUAUUUCUGUUUUUGGAGGGCGAGUCUUGAAAUACCGGUAAGAUUGUUCCAUUGAGAUUGGAACAUCACAGACUUGAGUAUAAGAAAAACCUCUUUACUAAAAUGUAAGGGUAAGGUUUUGUAAAUCGACUCUCACCCCUACCCAUCAUAAAGUCGAGGAACAUUAUACACUAGGGUUUGCCCUUUUCGCUGCAAUAUAUUGGCAGUCUAGUUUCAUGUAUAGAAUGAUUGUAUAUUGAAGUAAACAAGUACAUUCCUGUGGUGAAAUGAUUUUUAGGAAUCAAAUGUCAAAUAAACAAGUAAAUUAUUGUUUCAUCUGGCAUACAUUGUUGUAAGGGAGUUCAU